AUGUGAGGCGUGCGAGAAUAUUUAGAAUAAAAUGCUUUGUGCUGUUUCAGACUGUCUGAAUCACUUUCAAGAGGUACCCAAUUUGGGUACUUUUGAAUUCCCCAAAGAUCCGGAGGUGCAGGAACAAUGGGUGCUUUUCUGUAAUCGAGAAGUCGACACGGAAGUUGAGCGCGUAUGCGAAGAGCACUUCACACCCGUCGACUUCGACCGCGAUUCAAAGUGUGUUCUCCUUGCCAAUGCAGUACCUAGUGUAUACAAAGAUGAUGGUCAGGAGCAUGAAGAUGAGUUUUUACAGACAGGCGAAUGUGAUCCGGAACCUAAGAUAAAACACUCGCCCAAUAAUGACAUGGUCACUGGGAUAUCAGACUCUCCAUUACCAGAUCAAUACGAAAAUGGUCACGAAACUGCAAUUGAAAACGAAGAAUGUGGCUCAACACUUGCAGAGGAGUAUGAACAGGAGCGACAGGCAAUUCUUGUAUCUAAAAGAAAGCAGAUUGUCAAUGCGCUCCUGGACGAGUACGAUAGAAAGCAGGGAAAAACUCAGACUCAGAAUACCUCCGGUUCCCAUGAAGUCUACGACGAAGUCGAGAGUACAAAGACAGUUGUGAUAGAUGCAGAUGCCUAUCUCAGUGCACUUGAACAAGAGAACACUGAGCUAAAACGAAUAAACUUUAAAAUGAAACUCGCUGAGGAAGACAAUGUAAAAGCAAUGGGGAAGCUGCAAAAGAAGCUGGAGAAGGCGGAAGGACAGUAUAGUCAGCUGUGUAAUCGUUUGCAGACCAUAUUCUCAUCAGCUCAGAUCGAUAAAAUACAACACAACAAACGGAUUGUUUGGCCAGAAUCAGAUUUGGUGGAUGCUUGUGCCUUGUAUGCAGCUAGCAGCAGGGUGUACGAUAUGUUGCUUCGCAAAAAUUUUCCACUACCAUCAAUAAGGACGCUCCAGUUCUGGGAUGCCCGACAACGAGAGCGUUUGGUUGACGACAACGAUCCGGAUGCCGAUUGUACCAUCCAUCACUGGCGCUGCACACAUCGUGCACAGAAGGCAGCACAUCGAAAGGAUUUACGCAUGCAGGAGCAGCAAAAGCAUCGAGACUCUCAUAGUAAACCGUCAUAAUGAUUCUUCCAUAAUAGAUUUACAUUAUAUGAAUUAAUUUAUGUAGGCACAAUAUUUAAAGUAGGCAAGUGAGAAACAAUACACAAAGUCAGGCCUUUUUAUCAAGAUACAUGAAGAUCAAGAUACAUUGCAGAAGACUGUCCCGGGUAAAAUAGGCCUGACUUUGAUAUGCGAAUACUUAUUCAUAGUCCGAUUCUAAAUUAAAGUAAUAGCGUUUUUUCUUUCAA